AUAAACUUUCUACUAACAUUACUGACAAACACAACCCUAGCUCUACUACUCAUACUUAUUGCUUUUUGAUUCCCCCAGCUAAACCCCUAUGCAGAAAAAAUUAGCCCUUACGAAUGUGGCUUUGAUCCUAUAGGAUCUGCUCGCCUACCCUUCUCCAUAAAAUUCUUCCUAGUAGCAAUCACUUUUCUUCUCUUCGACCUUGAAAUUGCUCUCCUACUCCCCUUACCCUGAGCAAUUCAAACGAACAACCUAACAAACAUACUCCCUACGACCUUACUCUUAAUCUCCCUACUAGCAGCUAGCCUAGCCUAUGAAUGAGCCCAAAAUGGCCUGGAAUGAGACAAAU